AUGGCAAGCAAUAGCACACAGAACGAAACUCCUGCCUGGCUGAAUUCCGUGUUCCCUGGCGCUUAUGGCCUCAUUGGCCUAGUUGUUGUCGUGGCCCUGGUCUUCUGGGCCAUUCGCUUUUUGGCCCUAGAGGCCAGACUUAGCGACCCCCAACGGGCGCUAACAGAUCAUUUCAUCCGGCAAGUUGCCGAAAUCAGAAAGGCCAAGGCCGCAAGCAAAAUGGAGGAGAAGAAGGAGAAGACCGAGGAGAAGGAUGAGAGGAAAAAGCGGUGGGCGGACUGGUUGCUGAAGCCGUUCGGCCUUCUUGAGAUUUCCUUCUCCACCAAUGCCAUGCUCCGGCGCCUCGGCAGCAGCAGCAACAGAAAGACCGACCACCCCGUUUUAUACGUCAUUGUGGAGGAGUUUGGUGCUUCUACGGCGGAAGCGGAAGCCGAGCUUGAAGACGUCGACUGCGAUGGCAUUGUGAUCCGAUGGGUGCGUGUCCCGCGCGGGUACCGUCUCCCGCCCAAGUCCAAGAAGGCUAGCACGUUGGCCGAAGUUGUCGGUGCCCUCCAGGGCAGAAAAUAA